GUUCUGUAGCUGUCAUAAUCGCAAUUCCCUUUUUGGUCUCUCCUUUACUCUUUUCCUUCCACCGUCUCCUUUCCUUGAUCCCUCCGUCCAUCUCAUCUCAUCUCAUAGGGCCAGGGGAAUCUCCGCACGGCACAAUCCCCAUUCCUUCUCCGAUCGCGAUUCGAAGAUGAGCACUGGCUACCUUCUCCGCAUUGAUCCUCUCGAACUCAAGUUCACCUUUCAGCUGAAGAAGCAGAUCUCAUGCUCUCUUCAAUUAACAAAUAAGACUGAUGAAUAUGUUGCUUUCAAGGUGAAAACGACAAAUCCUAAGAAGUAUUGUGUUCGUCCAAACACUGGGGUUGUCUUGCCGCGUUCUACAUGUGAUGUUAUAGUUACCAUGCAAGCGCAGAAGGAAGCUCCGCCAGAUAUGCAAUGCAAGGAUAAGUUUCUUCUUCAAUGCGUAAAAGUAAAUGAUGGGGUCUCCCCAAAGGACAUCACUGCAGAAAUGUUCAACAAGGAAUCAGGGCACGUGGUUGAAGAAUCCAAAUUGAGAGUGGUGUAUGUCUCUCCACCUCAACCUCCGUCUCCAGUUGCGGAAGGUUCUGAGGAAGGCUCAUCGCCCAGAGGUUCUGUUUCUGAAAACGGAAAUGUCAAUGUCUCAGACUCAGCAACAAUUGCCAGAGGAUUUACUGAAAGACAUGAGGCUACAGAUAAAUCUGCAGAGGCAAAAGCUCUUAUCACGAGGCUGACUGAAGAAAAGAGUAAUGCAAUUCAACAAACUAACAAGCUUCGACAGGAAUUGGACCUGCUGAGACGUGAGAGCAACAAAAAUCGUGGGGGUGUCUCAAUGCUCAUUGUCAUAUUAGUUGGUUUACUUGGCAUAGUUAUGGGGUAUCUGAUGAAGAAGACCAGGAAACCGGAGACCUUAUCCACAUUGAACCUCUCGAAGUCAACUUCCAUCGAUUCUCAUCUCACUGCGCAUCGAUCAGAGAUGAGCACCGGCGAACUUCUCCACAUUGAACCUCACGAACUCAAGUAUAUCUUUCAGCUGAAGAAGCAGAUCUCAAGUUCUCUUCAAUUAUCAAAUCAGACUGAUGAAUAUGUAGCUUUCAAGGUGAAAACGACAAAUCCCACGAAGUAUUGUGUCCGUCCAAACACUGGGGUCGUUUUGCCACGUUCUACAUGUGAUGUUACAGUCACCAUGCAAGCGCAGAAGGAAGCUCCACCUGAUAUGCAAUGCAAGGAUAAGUUUCUUAUUCUAAGCGUAAAAGUAGAUGAUGGAGUCACCCCAAAGGAUAUCACUUCAGAAAUGUUCAACAAGGAAUCAGGGCACAUUGUUGAAGAAUGCAAAUUGAGCGUGGUGUAUGUUGCUCCACCCCAACCUCCGUCUCCAGUUGCCGAAGGUUCUGAGGAAGGCUCAUCGCCCAGUAGUUCUGAUUCUGUAGAGAAGGGAAUUGAAUUGAUAAUUCCUUUGAUUAAUUUGGUAGCGAGUGGAUUUACUGAACUACUUGAGGCUUCAGAAAAAUCUGCAGAGUUCGACGAGGAAUCAGGGCACAUUGUUACUCCACCUCAACCUCCUUCUCCAGUUGCGGAAGGUUCUGAGGAAGGGUCAUCGCCUAGAGGUUCUGUUUCUGAAAACGGAAAUGUCAAUGGUUCUGACUCUUAUGCAAAGUCUAUGUCUUCCAACUCUACGGAAGAAGCAUUUAAUGAUGAUACUUUUGAAGGUUUACAACUAACUUCAGGAGACUUUAUGUAUUUGGGCUCUACAAAUCAAGCUAGAAAUAUUCUUUUGAAGGCACUGCAAGAUGAUAGAUACCAUUCAAUUGGAUUAUUUGGAAAGAGAGGCUCUGGUAAAACAGCACUGGUGAAAGCUGAGAUACCUGAGUAUGAAAAUAUUUUUCACUUAGUUGUGUAUGUUACUGUGUCAGAACAAGCAGAUAUUGCGAAACUUCAGAAUCAAAUCGCUCACCAAUUGAAUCUAAAACUUAAGGCAGUUAAAAGUAAACACAGAAGAGCAUCAGCAAUAGAGUCAGCAUUAUUGAAAAGUGUGGGUAAAGUUCUUGUCAUCUUUGAUGAUGUUUCGACAAACUUUGGUCCUCAAGAUAUUGAAGAUAUUGGCAUUCCUGAUCCUAGUAAACAACUCAAGAUCCUUUUGAUCACACAUGACAAAAAGUACUGCAACAUGAUCAGAUGUAAUCCUUGGAUUCCUCUGUACCCCUUAUCUGAUGAGGAUGCUUGGAAGUUGCUCCAACAAUAUUCAAGCAUAGACAAUGACUCCCCAUCCGACCUGAUCAAUGUGGCACGUGAAGUUGCAUUUCUAUGUAUGGGGUUACCUCGUGUAAUUGAAGAUGUUGUGUCUUCCUUACAUAAAAAGGACACUAAGCACUGGAAAGAAACAUUAGACUGUCUAAAUCAUUCAACAGCCUCCCACCAAAUUUUCAUCAGCUUUAGAGGAAAAGACACCCGUGAUGAUUUCACUGCUUCUCUUUUUGAUGCUUUAGUCCAAGGAGGAUUCAAGGUCUUCAAAGAUGAUGAGGAACUGCGGAGCGGGGACCAAGUUUCAGAAGCUCUAAUAAAAGCAAUUGAACAAUCAAGGUGCUCAAUCGUUGUCUUAUCAGAAAACUAUGCUGAAUCUUCAUGGUGUCUUGACGAAUUAGUUAGGAUUCUUAAGUGUAGGAAAAAGAUGAAACAACUGGUUUUGCCAAUCUUCUACAAAGUGGAUCCCUCAAACGUUAGAUAUCUGAAAGGAAGUUUUGGGGAAGCCAUGACGAAGAAGAAAGAAAGGUUUAAAGAGGAUAGGAUACAAGAGUGGACUUCAGCUUUGUUCGAAGUUUCCGACUUGUCUGGGAGGGGCUACAAGACUGGGUCCCAAAUUGUGUUUAUCAAAGCUAUCGUACAAUAUGUCCGAGAGAAUGCACAUCGUUUGCAUAUUGUAUAAAACACGCUUAUGGAAUUGAAUGUAGAUUUGUGUUCUGUUAUGAAGAUUGUAGAAGGGAGCCUUUAAUAGCUGAAGCUAUGUGUUUUAGAUGGGCACUUAAUCUUGCAGCUAAUUGGGGUCUAGAUAGUUUAGUCUUUUCCUCUGAUUGUCAACAAUUAGUUAAGGCUUUUCACUGUCCUUCUGAGUUCCCCUCUUUGGCUCAUAUCAUGUUGGAUUGUACUCAGUUGGUUAAUAGCUUUAGGAACUUCUCUUUUUGUUUUGAAUACAGGCAGACUAAUAGAGUUGCCCAUGCAUUGGCAGCUGAGAGUCAUUUGUACAAAGACUGCGAAUGGUGGGGUGAUCCCCCUGUGGGUAUCCUAUUUGUUGAAAACCUAAACUGAAUCUGAGAAUUGAACUGAAAAUAUUAUUCAUUGAAAGGUGAAGAUUACAAGAGUUUAUCUCAGUA